AUGGCUGACGAAAGAGCUGUGGCUAAGCGGUCCGAGCAGCUUGCUAACGCUAUCCUGCUCAAUCGUGAUCUCUACGCGCCCGCGCGAAGGUACAGCUGUGAGAACGUAGUCAAGCUUGCGACCACUGCAAUCGUGAAGGAUGUUGCUGAGAAGCACCUACGGGACGGUCACCCAGCUCCGUCGGAAGCACGUGGCAUCGAGUUCGGCUGGGGGAACUUGGUCGAAUGGCUGGGUCUUAACAGGACAGCGGAGGCCAUGUUGAAGCGGGCAAUCGAACGCUCUAUGGAACCGAGUCGCAGCGGAGAUGUGCCAUCCUCGGCUUCUUUCGAGCGUCUGCGCCUCUGUCCCGCGGCUUCCGUUGUGCUGGCCGGUGGGUCCUUUGCACCUUCAGGUCGCAUGCGGAGCUUCAUGAAGAAGGCCUCGGUGAGCUUCGGGGCCCUGGAUAGGUUCGCCAAGAAGGAGCCGUCCGAAAGCGAGGUCGGCGAUGGCCCAGAGGCUGCGGCAGCCUCAAGCUCACAAGCUCCCGCGGUGAUGGGUGAGGACCCUUCCGUGUUUCGACAUCUAGAUGCAAUCCGGAUGGUUGAGCGGGUCGUCGCUGGCUUUCGGUUCGAGAUGGAUGAGUUCGAAUACAACGGCGGCACCACCAUUAUGAAGCUCUGCGAAGGCCAGAGCCUCAGGGCGGCGCUGCAAGCCUUGUUGACGGCUGGAGAAACCGCGGUGGCCUGGCUGGACUCGCAUGAUAACAUGUACCCGGUGUCCGGGUUCGACGACGUCAAGGAUGUUGUCGUCCUGGCUGAUGGCGGUGGGCACGAGGCUCUCUCGGAGAUCUCCGCGCUUUAUUGGGACUGGGGCGCGCAGCAGGUAGCCGCUCCUAGGAUGGAGGGAGAUGCGGUGUCGGCCGCAGAGCAGGUAACCGCUCCUAGGAUGGAGGGAGAUGCGGUGUCGGCCGCAGAGCAGGUAACCGCUCCUAGGAUGGAGGGAGAUGCGGUGUCGGCCGCAGAGCAGGUAGCCGCUCCUACGAUGGAGGGAGAUGCGGAGCCGGCCAUGGAGCAGGAUGCCGAGACGCACAUGGGCCAGGAUGCCGAGACGGGGCUCGAUGCAGCCGCGCCAGCCGCGAUGGAGGAUGCAUUGCGGGAGGCCCCGGAGCAGGAGACCGUCCUGUUCUGUGGUUCCGUGCUUUUUUUUUGUUGGCGCCGUCAGGCAGAGUCGAAGCAGGACUCCACGCCCGAGGAUAUGGCUGCGGGUGCGGAGCAGGCGAGUGCCUUCAGUGAUUUUGUUCUUCCGCUCACCCCAACCGUGCAGGCAGAUGCAGUGGAGGAUGGCCCCGACACCACGGCACCGGCCAUGGAGGCCGGGGUGAUUCAGCCUUCGGUUCCUUUGCUGGCGUGUCGGGCCUUUGCGCAGGCAGAUGACUUGGAGAAGCGGAGGGCCGAUGAGUGGCGGUCGCUGGAGGCCGCGGCCCUGCAGGGGGUCCAGCUGGCGGUGCUCCUGGCUGGCUUCGUUCGCCAGCGUGUCUCGCAGCCUGGCAGUGAGCCCGGAGUGCUCUCGAGAUUCUUGAAGGCUUUCGGUGCGGGGCAUUGGGAUGAAGUCGAGCUGCAGACGGCCCGCGGCUUGGCGGCGGUGGCUCCGUCGCUCUUAGAAGACGGGGAUGCAGAGGAGGAUGCACAGCGCCCCGCCGGCGCCCGGAACGAGAAACCGGAGGGGGGUGAUGAGUUUUCCGAGUGGGAGAAGAGCGAGUUGGAUCGCCAGAGGGAGCUUGACCAGAGGGCUCUCGCCGUGCAGGUGGAGGACGUCGCGGUGGAGGCCGAGAGGAGCGAUGUCGACCACAUGCUCGAGGACGUGAACUCGGAUGAGAGGGCGUACUUUGUCGUCUUCGACCGGGUCAACCCCGAUGCGAUGGAUGCUCUUGGGAGCUUGGAGAUCAGCAAGGUUUUCAGGACCGCGAAUGGCCGAGGCCCCACCAUGGUCCGCGUGCUGGGCGAUGUCAUGGCCCAGUGCUCGAAGAACCGAGUUUACGGCGGGAGGUCCUUCAAGACUUUCUACUUUGAGGAGGAGACCAUGCUCAUGCUGAAGAUGAAGGGUCGGCGCCACUCGGGGUGCUUGCCUCAAAAGGUGAUCGAUGAUCACAAGUUGGAGCGCUUCGCCGGGCUUGCGCCUUGCCACCUCGGCGCCAGCACCUUCGUGCAGACCGGGUUCAUCAGGGACGUGAUGCGGGCGGGGCUGCGGGACUGCUGGGUCUUCGACUUGGUGAACGCCCACGUGGAGAUCGUCCUGGCGCGGCACCCUCAGUCCGAAGGCGGCGCCAUCAGGACCUACAUUGAGAACCGCGAAGAGAUCUUGAAGCAGACGCACCCGGACAGGGCGGUCGCGAAGCAGCUGUGGCUGAUGCUGCUCUACGGAGGCACCAUCCGCUCUUGGAAGUCCACCCACCAGGUGGGUGCCUUUGCAAGCGAGGAGCUGGCGAGGAGGUUCGCCCAGGAGGUGGGGGAGAUCCGCAAGAAGGACUGCGAGGGCAACCUGACCAAGCUGGCAUGGCUGAAGAAGAACAUGUCGCGGCCCGUGGAGUACCUGCAGUACGCCCUGAACACGGCCAAGGAGAGGCAGCUGAUCGACCUGGUGGAGGCCGCGGUGGAGAAGUUCGACGGGACGGUCUUGGCCUUCGAGCACGACGGCAUGUUCUUCCACAUCCCGCAGGAGAGGGUUGGUCAGCUGAGGGCUGAACUGGACCAGGUCCUGGGCGGCUUCAAGUAUGUGAUGAAGGCCCCGCCGACGGUGGAGGCCGCCAUGGAGGCUGCUCAGAAGGUGAUGGCCGUGGGACCGCUGAAGCAUCUAUGGGACCGGGUGGACCGGCAGUGGAGGAACUACCACCACCUGGUGACGCAGGCCUACGAGGGGUCCCUGACUCGCCAUGGGCUGUUUGCCGAGAUCAUGGUCCGUUGCCCGGCGGUGAGCAACAACGUGCCCCAUGCGCUUCCGAACAUCUUCAAGGUGGUGAUGGACACCGGGCACAAGGCCUUCUACAGCACGCCGCAUCGGCAGUGGAUCCAGACGGGCGACUCCGCGAUGGACGUCCUCAAGAGGAGCAUCCAGACGAUUGCGCAGCGGGAGCUCGGGCGCUACCACCUGUCGUGGAACACCGAGGGCCAGGAGGUGUUCCCGCAGGAAAGGUGGGAAUUUUCCUCAGAGCCCUUCAAAAAUGGCGUGGCCACCUCGCUCCGCUCACACCUGGGGGUCACGAGCGAGACCUGGACCCUCGAUGGACAGGAGUCGACGCGCUACCUCAAUUUUGAGGGGCGAGUGCUCGACAGAGAGACGCUCUUAUGGAGAGACGUCGAGCCGUCCAUGAACAUCAGCAGGUCGACCGGCUGGGAGCACAGGUGGCCGUCCUGGUGGGAGACAUCCGGGCCUCUGCUGCGGGAUGUCCUGCUGAAAGUGCGCAAGAUCCAGGACAGGCUUCAGGACGGCGCGGACUACGAGCUCGUGGGCGAGAUCUGCCGGGAGCUGGACGAGGUUGCGGCGCAGAUCGACGAGCUGCAGAUCUUCCACAACUACACCCGGGACGAUUGGACCUCCACUCUGUAUGAGCUCAUGCUGCUCUCCAAAGGAGUCUUCGGCCUCCCUCAGGCCGCCGCCCUGUUCACGAGGGGCGUCGGGCGGAACGGCAAGGACAGCAUAUGCAACAUGAUGCAGCGCGUGCUCGGAUCGUAUGCCUGCUCGAUUGCCGCUGAAACCCUCGUGAAAGUGCGAGACCCGAACGCUCCCACUCCGAUGUAUGCCAUGGUGAGAGCACGCCGCUUUGUGGCCGUGAGGGAAGUGGACGCUGCCGAAAACCUGCGUUUGCAAACCUACAAGACCUUCACCGAUCCGAACACGGAGCUAUCCGGACGAGAUUUGUACGAAAAACUUGUCAGAUUUCGCCCGCAGCACCUCGUGCUCUUCGCCGCAAACAAUCCCCCGCCACUCGUGGGGGAUUAUGCGGUGCGGCAGCGAACAGCCGUGAUCGAGCACGUGUCGGUGUUCGCCGACGAGGUCCAGGAGGCCAACCAGAUGAAGUGGCGAGACAUCGAGGGCUCGCUGGACAAGCUGGUCCCGGGGAUCUUCGGCCUCCUCUACCUGAUCUACGAGACCCUGCUGUGGAACCGCAGCAUGCGGUCCAUAGGCCCGGUGCCUUUGAAGUGCAAGCUCCUGCUGACGGCCGAGAUCAAGAACGAGCUGGGCAGCGCUGCGGAGCAGUUUGUGAUGACCAGGAUCGUCCGGGCGCCGUCGCAGGCCGCUGCCUCCGAGGCGCAAAAGGUGUAUGAUGAGCUGCAAAAGUUCUUGGAGAGCAAGUUUGCCGAUGACAAGGGCGCCAAGCGCCCCAAGUGGUCCUGCAGCGAUCUGCUGAAGCAGGCUGGGUUGGUGGAGAAGCGGACCAAGACGGAGACGGGCCUGGAUGGAAAGCGGAGGAAUGCGUAUGUCCUCCUGUAUCGCUUCCUCGGCGCCGACGGCAAGAAGGAGGCGAAGGAGAGCCCGGUCAAGCUCGAGGGGAGCAUGGAGUAG